UCCAAAUUUUUCCUUCAAGAAACGUUUUUCAUCAAUCAAAAUUCACUGUGCUAACAUUCAAAUACGAAUACUUCGAAAAUGGCACCGGAACCCGAUGAUGAGAUGAAGGACGAGAAGAAUCCUAAGCCGCUCGAUGAAGACGACAUUGCUCUCCUCAAGACUUAUGGCCUGGGACCUUAUUCUACAAGUAUAAAGAAAGCUGAGAAGGAAAUUAAGGAAAUGGCAAAGAAGAUUAAUGAUCUAUGUGGUAUCAAGGAAUCUGACACUGGUUUAGCUGCUCCCAGCCAAUGGGAUCUCGUGUCUGAUAAGCAAAUGAUGCAGGAGGAACAACCUCUGCAGGUUGCUCGGUGUACAAAGAUAAUAAAUCCAAACACUGAAGAUGCAAAGUAUGUUAUCAAUGUUAAGCAAAUUGCGAAGUUUGUUGUUGGAUUAGGAGAUAAAGUGUCACCUACUGACAUUGAAGAAGGCAUGCGACUUGGCGUUGAUCGGAAUAAGUACCAAAUUCAGAUUCCCUUGCCUCCAAAAAUUGAUCCAAGUGUUACUAUGAUGACAGUUGAGGAAAAACCAGAUGUAACCUACAAUGAUGUUGGUGGAUGUAAGGAGCAGAUUGAGAAGAUGCGAGAGGUUGUUGAGCUUCCCAUGCUUCAUCCUGAAAAAUUUGUGAAGUUAGGUAUUGAUCCUCCCAAGGGUGUACUCUGCUAUGGCCCUCCUGGGACUGGUAAAACUCUAUUAGCCAGAGCUGUGGCAAACAGAACUGAUGCAUGCUUUAUUCGAGUAAUUGGAAGUGAGCUUGUUCAGAAGUACGUUGGUGAGGGAGCUCGAAUGGUUCGCGAACUGUUUCAGAUGGCUCGCUCGAAAAAGGCAUGCAUUGUAUUUUUUGAUGAAGUGGAUGCCAUUGGAGGUGCACGGUUUGAUGACGGGGUUGGUGGAGACAACGAGGUCCAGCGCACAAUGCUUGAAAUUGUGAAUCAGCUCGAUGGAUUCGAUGCUCGUGGAAACAUAAAAGUUCUAAUGGCGACCAACAGACCUGAUACUCUUGACCCUGCACUUUUACGCCCUGGAAGGCUGGAUCGAAAAGUGGAGUUUGGGUUGCCUGAUCUAGAGAGUAGGACACAGAUAUUCAAGAUCCAUACACGAACAAUGAAUUGUGAGAGGGAUAUUCGGUAUGAGCUUCUAGCAAGGCUUUGCCCAAAUUCUACAGGAGCUGACAUAAGAAGUGUGUGCACUGAGGCGGGAAUGUUCUCGAUCCGAGCAAGGAGGAAAACAGUGACAGAGAAAGAUUUCCUAGACGCUGUGAAUAAAGUGAUCAAAGGGUAUCAGAAAUUCAGUGCAACUCCUAAGUAUAUGGUUUAUAAUUGAUGACUGCUGCUCUUGUAUUCAUUUCAUUUCAUUUCAUUUCCUUAUGUUUUCUAUCCACCCAUGUAUCCAUACAACCAACCACAAUGUUACGUUAUUAACCAGUUUCUAAUGAAUGUGUCUGCAAUAUUUGAUUAUAUUCAAAAA